GAUUGAGCAACAGGCAGGCAGGCAGACUCACAGUCACAGGCAGACUCACAGGCAGAGGGCGCUCUGCAUAUUGAGAAGGAGAGGAUGGGAAGAAAUGUCACAACUUCAGUCCUCCAGUCAGCGUUCCCACGAUUCCAUGUAUUCAGCGAGAAGGUCGUUCCCCGUCUGUCAUCCAGCUGCGCAAUUUAGCGAAGUCGCGGUAGGCGCAAAUGCGACGGAGUUGGUCAUAACGCCCUAGACCCUUUCCACUUUGUGCUUGGAACCGAGUCCAUAACACAGAUAAAGCCACUCACACACAGCCGCUGCUCCCAAAUUGUGGACGAGGUGUGUGGAGACCAACAUAUCUUUCGAAGAUGCAGAGUUCCAGUAACACUGCCCGUGCCAGGAGGGCAGUCCAGCAGCUGAGAAUAGAAGCCAGCAUUGAGAGAAUUAAGGUGUCCAAGGCCUCAGCAGACCUGAUGCACUACUGUGGAGAACAGGGUAAAUACGACCCUCUACUCAUGGGUAUACCAGCCUCUGAAAACCCCUUCAAAGACAAGAAGCCAUGCACUAUAUUAUAGUAGCGGAACAGCUGAAUUAUCUUAGCUUUUUUUUUAUUUGUAUUCUUUUAUAGGGAGAAAUAUACAAUGUUAAUACCGGUACACUAUUUGCCUUAAGGCCAGCCCAGUCCCACUCCCCAUGUUUCCUUGUACUUUAGGUUGAUUUCAAAAUGUUACCUUAGGGCUCUGGUCAAAAGUAGUGCAAUAUAAAGGGAAUAGGGUGCCAUUUGGGACUCAUUCACUCUCUCUUUUAAACUAGUGCCAUUUUGGUAGAAUCAGAAUCAUUGGUCCUCUCUCUCUCCAUCAUAUACAACAAUUCAUUUGUGACCCAGAAAAAAAGGGUUUAGUUUAGUUCAGUCAGUCAUGAAUAGAUAGCUCAUUCUGAGGCUCCUCUCAACAGAGACUGGUGUUCUUUCAGAUUGUUACCAUAUGUUAUGCAGACUAAAGACCAGCUGGGUUUGAAAUGGGGGUUCCCAACUUUGUCAUGUUAACACUAAAACAGUUCCUUUAAAAUGUACAUCAACUUACUGACAGCAAAUGUAUUUUACAGUACAGCUACUGUAAUCCAUUUCACUGUAAUCCAUUUUACAGUACCACAAAUGUUACUGUAAUCCAAUUUACAGUACAUUACUGGAAUUACCCAUGCAGUAGCAUAUUAUCCAGUGUUCUUUGCAAAUGUUCAUUUUUAGAUUUACAUUUUGGUCAUUUAGCGGGCACUCUUGACCUUAGCAGCUUACAGUCAGUGCAUUCAACCAAGGUUGAUUAAAAAAAACAACACAUGUCAUAGCAAGUAAAACGUUUCUUUAACCGUAGAUACUAUUUUAUGUCUCUGUGUCCAGUACGAAGGACGUUUAAAGGUCGUUUCGCGAGUCAAUGCUAACUAGCAUCAGCACAAUGACUGGAAAUCUAUGGGUAAACUGACAGUGACUACAGAUCAAAGGACAGGGCUAGCUACUCAACCAUUCAUGGUUUUGAGACUUGCUGCCACUCUGAUCUACCCCUAUAUACAUUUAAUUGUUAGGGAACUACUACCACCUAUCACUUAAAUUGGUACAGCACUCUCACCAAUGGGUGCAACAAAUAUGGCCGCUUACAAGACACUCCUCAAAAUAUAUUAAUGAGUGAGAAACAACAAUACCAUAUACCAGUUAGGGAUCAAAAGGUUUUUGGCUCUCCAAAAAUACUGUAUUGGUAAUGUAUUAUAAAUUACUGGUAGCAAUUGGCCAGUAAAGUUUGUAGAAUUCCUAAAAUACAGAAUAUUACCGUAUUCUGUAGGGGUACAGCAUUCUCACUCAUUGGUGCAACAAAUAUAGCCUCUUACAAUUUACGUUAUUUUACUGUGCACUACAAUGUUUUACUGUUGAAAUUACAGAAAAGUUUUAGUGUGCUGUAAAACAAAUGCAUGGUAUUUUACUGUGCCUUCUAUGAUAAUCUACUGUAUUCAGUUUAUACAGCAUCAUACUGUUGAUUAAUACAGUAAGUACAGAUACAAUUACAAAAACAUCUAACAGUGCACAUCAGCUAGAGCAUAAAUCAUGUCAAUGGCCCUAAAGCAUUGCAGUUGCAGCACGCUAGUUUAAACCUUUAAGCUCCUGAUUGCGUCAGUCAGUCCCCACACAGUAGCCUCUUCGGAAAACAAUCAGCCUAGUUUGAAUGCUACUGAUAAGCUUGUAAUAACCCUGUUAUGUAAAUCAGCCAGUCCCAUGACACAGGAGUACACUAACCAGUGCUGAUGGGCUGGUAAACCACUGUAUGUCUUUGUUCCAAAUGGCAUCCUAUUCCCUAUAUAGUGAACUACUUUUGACCAGAGCCCCAUGGGCCCUUGUUAAAAGUAGUGCACUAAAGGGAAAAGGCGGCCAUUUGGGACUGGCCUGUGAAUGUCCCAUCAAAACAAGAGAGGGCAGGCUGGCCAAAAGGUCAUGGCCUCUGUGACAAAUGAACACACUCUCAAAGGGUGCCUGUCAUUCUGUAAGGGAAAGCAUCUAGCUUGCAUCCACAGGGCCUGAAGAAGGUUAAAGGAUGACCACUUCACCAUGUCUAACAAGCAUUGUUUUGUUUCUGCAAAGACAAUGUCAGAGAUCAUUUUCUUUUCAGGCGCGGGUAGAGGGUGUGGGGGGGGUAUCAAUUCAGACUAUCCCACUUCUAUGUAAUUGUUAUGAAACUCAGACUAACCUUUGCCUUAGAAACCAACCUUUGUGACUUUGCAUAGUUGUCUCGCUUGUAUGUGGUACAGUAGAUAGAUAAUGUAGUAACAAUAUGAAGUAUUGCAGACCACGGUACACUAAUAUUAUGUAACCCUUUAAAUGAGUGUAAUAUGCCUUACGUUGAUGUAAAAGAUGUUGGUCCAUAAUGUUAUCUCUACAUAGCUGAAGCAGAGGAGGUAAGAUCCGUCGGUGCCAUCACAAUGACAUCUAUCCAAUGUACCAGCAUCAGAGGAAACAUACUGUACUAGCCUGAGUGCCAGUCUGUAUGUGCUAUCAUGCAAACUCCUUGUGACUCAUUUUCUUGGCAAACAAUUGUGAAAACUAGGGAUUAAGCAAGAGCACAAACCGAUCUGGUACCAGGCUAGAAAUGUGCAGGUUUUCUGAUUGUAUUUUAUUGCCAGUACUUUUAGUGUUUCAUUCUGAUAAUGUUUAAUUGAUAAAUGUACGACUUCUAUCCUGAAAGGGAUUCCGUGAACUUUGUGUAGACUGUUAUUAUGAUUUCUUCUUGAGUUUUAACAUUCCAUGUUUACAAUAACAAUACAAUAAUAUUUUCUUAUUUCAUGCUCUCACAAUGGUCAUGAUGGUCACAGUGGUUGAAUAAUUGUUAUUGUGUGUGUGGGAGUAUGCAUUUGUGUAAGUGUCCCUGUGUGACUUUGCACGCGACUGGCAAAAGCAACUCGGUAACCAUUGUCAUGUGCAGUAGGGCAUACUGUAGCUAAAACUAUAGUUUCUUAUUAGACAAGUUCAGGUAGUACCUCCCCAGUUCACUUCACUUUGCACCCAAUGAACACGACCCAGCUUAACCAUCCAGGGCCUUAAUUUUGAAGUAGUCUUGCUUCGGCAUCUCACCACUACCUUUCAACCACACUCCUCAAACAACACUAGGAUAAUACUGUGAACAACGGAAUCACUACAUUCCCAGUGGAUGCAGGGAGCACAUCUACGCUGUCAUUUGUUUUGUUAGCUAUUCAAAUAAUAGAGACUGACUGCUAUUUGGAUGGUCAACUGACCGCCACGGAGACAGGCUGCAGCACCAAUUAAAACGUUCCCACACCACAUGGUAUGCUAUUUGUCUCCCUAUUCUGGGAAAUCUCGGCAACCCAGAACCAAAGAUCUCACAUUCUACUAUUUAUGUUACGCUCACUCCACAAGAUAUUAUAUUCUGUGGCUUUGAAGGCUCGCUUGAAGUUGCGUGUUGCUGUACGAUGUGUUUCUACACUUGCCUCUUCUCACUGUCACAAUGUCACUGCAACGACAUGCUGAACUUCAGUCGAAUCUAGACUAUAUGUGUGUUAACACUUUUUUUUUCUUCUUUCCCUUGACGAUAAAUUGAUGAUAAUACAGUAGGGGAGAGCGAGGUAUGUUAUCACACUUCUCACGAUGUCUAACAUCUACUGGGCACAACGGAUCACAAUGGUAACGAUGACAUACAAAUGAAAGAAGGAAGUCUUGGGCACAUAUGUUGCAUUCAUUCCAGCUUCAUAUCUUACAUAUCUUCACAGUUUUGCAACAGCCUAGUUGACGUACAUCCGUAUCUGACUAAUCAGACUCAUCUUCAGAGUCACAGUUCUGGCACACAUAAAUUGCCUGGCCUGAGGUGCAAGCAUCAUGGGCCCAUUUGUUGCAUCUCACACACUUCACCCAAGUCUCCUUUGGAAGGCUGUUUGAAAAUGGCUGCACACAGACGAGGCAGAAGCUCUCCUCUUCAUCUGAUGACUCUUCUAUGAUUUUUUUUCUUUUUUUAGCUGCCUUUUUCUUUGCAGAUCCAGAUUUGGACUCCUCCCCCUUGCUUCCCUUUCUUCGGAAACAGCCUUUUGCUAUAUUGUGCCUUAUUCUUUUCCAUUUCUAGUACCUGCUUUACUGGUGUCAUUUAGAAUUGCUGUUUUGUGCUGUUUUCUUCCUUUGCAAGCUGAUUUUCGGGGGCCAGCUUUUGCAUAUGGCCGGAUAUCCUCUGGAGAUGGUAGUCCGCUGUCAGGAAUGGCAUUGCUGGGCAAGGGUGAGCUGCUGCUAGCAUAAGAACUGGGCGUGUCUGAGCUCGUGCUAUGCAGGGCUAGAAUAGUGCUGGGGCCUGGCAGGGCUGGAAUGUUGCUGGGGCCUGGCAGGGCUGGAAUGUUGCUGGGGCCUGGCAGGGUUGGUGCUGGGGCCUGGUAGGGUUGGGUUCUGAAUGGGGCCAUCUUUAACGUAAGAUGGUGCAAACUCGGUUUCCAUAAAUACAUCCCUGUUGUAAGGUUGUACCCCAGCCACCCUAAAGCCAGCCUGAAUGUUCAAGGGGGUUGCAGCCAGAGGAUAGACGAUUGCCACAAUCCCAGGAAUGUCAUAAAUGUAACAUUGUCUCCCCGGGAUUGUUCCUCAUCCGGCAUCACAAGCAGUGUUCAUGUGCCUCUUUAGCGACAUGUAGACAGACCUAUCUAAGGGUUGAAGCCGAUGAGAGCAAUGGGUUGGGAUAAUUGAGUCCAUAAUUGAGUCCAUCAAUGGACAGAUGAGACUCGUGGUUUUGUCCAAAAGGAGUAAACAGGGCUUCUCCUUGGAGAAUUUCGUAUGCUGGACAAAAUGUUUCAGGAAGUCAACAAAGUGCACAUCUUUCAUCUAGCCAGAGAGAUUUGCCCCUCCUUUGCUGCCAGGUGCCCCGUUGAUCAGGAAAUGAUCGCGGAAGUUGACACAGGGGAAUAUAAAAUAUGGAGGUAUACUAUUCCUUGUGGCUGAGACAGCACAGGCCAGUGUGACGAGGGUUCUCCUUUCAGCGGAGGUCAGUGACCCUAAUUGUUUGAAUCAACGUCUGCCCACCACUAUGCCAGGUUUAUGUACAGUGAUCACCCCAGUUUCAUCGACAUUCCAUAUGUCUCCUGGUCCAAACUGAUAUCUCUGUAGCACUUCUGCUACAUUGUCGAAGAAAGCAUUAACAUUUUCUCUGUUGAAGCUACUUGCCCUGUCAAGGCUAGUUGCCUCUGGCUUUCUCAAUGACACCGCUGGGUGCCGCUUUAAGAAGCCUGUAAACCAUUCUAAGCUGGUCUUUUCUUUUUCUGCCCACAUUGGCACGAACUUCAGCUGGUGUGCCACAGCAAACAAAUAGGCAAGUCUUCUGACCUCACUUGGCGACAGACCAAAAUAAAUGUCAGCUGACCUAGUAAUAUACUGAACAAGCUACAUCUCCAAAUCAGGUGGAAAAAAACUGCCGUGGCUUUGAAUAGCCAACCACUGUUGUUGGCAUGGCUGUCUGACUUUCACCUUCUUCUCUGGUAACCUUUUGAAAAUACAGAGUCAGAUUACGGUCAUUUAUGUAAAAAUCCUUCGCUGUACUCCUGAUUGAUUUGUUCUGAAACUUCACCUGCCUCACUGCCUUUAACAUUGUUUCAGGUGGUGUGCUGCCAUUCUGUCUUUUAUCAUUUCUAACCAUCUUUCUUUCCUUCCUUUCUUCUUUCCUUCAAAAACACAUUUCCUCAUUAUAUACUCAUUACAGGCUUAUUAUGCCCACCUCACCGUCUACUAUCAUUGUUGCCACAUUGCAAUUCAUAACACCACACUAAAUUCAUGACUGUGUGUGUGUGUGUGUGUGUGGAUAUACUGUCUCAUAUAGUAGGCAUGUAGUGUGUUAGUAGAUACAGGUGCGCACACACCACACACCACACACACACACAAGCCAGAGCCUGUCUUCUGUAGUCCAGGGAUAUGUCUGCUGCUCUAAACUAUAUGUACAGUAUAUAUAAUAAUACAUUUAUGGUAACAUUUAAUACUACUAUCAGAGCUGAUUACACAAUAUCACAUUUUUUUAAGCCUGUUCUAUGUGUACUGGGGCAAGUUGUCACAUGUAAAGACUUGCCCCAAAGUCAUUAAAACAACUUACCCCAAACUGACGUGUGCUAAUGUUGGCUAAAUCUCAAGGUUAGCUCAACAUAGGACUGCAGCUAAAGUAUCAAAAGACACGUUAUUGUCUUCUCUACUCAGUGCAAAAUUAUAAUUUUUAACAUUCAUACCUAACAAAGUUUUAUUGCAUAAAAUGUAAAGUGCCAAUUUUUUACUUUUGAAGGGGAAAAAUAACAAACUUGUGCUCACCUCAGAUUAGAGUGACCUUGACCACAUGUGAACAGGAAGUUGACCAUAGAACAUGUAGUCACACAAAGUAGCGAUUUGAUUUUUUUUUAGAUAGCGCCUCUAGUGUUGGAGGUAUGACCAGUUUGACAACUUACCUCGCUCUCCCCUAUAUGUUAUUUUGAUGUAGGUGUUCCAUUUGAUUUUUGCCGACUCAAUUCAUGUUACAAAAGGAUUUUACAGUUUUAAAGCAAACUUUUUUUUUCUCUCUGUGACAAAUACGGAUACUGGAUUUGAUCUCUGGUACAUAUUGUCCAUGUGGAUAUUUUUCCUGUGUCAUGUAAUUUUUGCAUUAUAUUCCCAAUUUUGACGCCUUAUAUUUGUAGAUGUUAAUAAAGGUCUUUA